AUGGAGCUCAAUUCAUUACAAUAUGUUGAAGAAAAUGCCGCCGCCACCAGAGUCCGUUGCGCCGCCUCCACCAUCAUUGAAGCCGUGAGGCAGCCAUUUCAAAUUCUGACCACCACCCUGCUGAGCCUCCUCCUCCCCCUGUCGUUCCUCCUCCUGGCCCGCCUCGCCACGGCCCACUACCUCCUGGCCGUGUCGGACGACCACCCGCCGCCCUCCCUCAUCACCUCAUAUUUCUUAUACUCCCAAAAUCCCACAAUCCUCCACUUAAUAGUUUCAAUCAUCAGCGUCUCAUCCCUCUCCAAUGCACUAACCGGGAAAACCACGUUCCUGAGCCGGGCGGCGGCGGAGCCCCUGACGCGGCGGCGGGUGUACGUUGCAUGGGUGUUUCUGGUGGUUCUGCAGGUGUGCGUGGGAGUAGGGAUCGAAGGCAGCAUCGCGGCGGGGGUGGAGGGGUCGAGUUUCGGGCAGGAGGGCAGCUUCGUAUGCCGAAUGGUGUUCUUCUUCGGGCUGCAUCAGACCAUGCUGUCGUGGUGGCGGACGGUGGUGAAGCCGGUGGUGGACGACACCAUAUUCGGGGGGUUGAGGGCGGAGGGGCGCCUCGAGAAGGCGGUGGUGGGGCUGAGCUACGGGGGGCUGUGGUGGUGGCGGCUGAGGGAGGAGGUGGAGGCGCUGGUGGUGGUGGCGGAGGUGAAGAGGGAGAUGAUGAUGGGGGUUGGGGUCGUGGAUUUCGUUGCCUGGUGGUUGUAUUACGUCACCGUCACGGUUGGGAUGGUUAGAAUGGUCAGAGGAUUCAUUUCCGCGCUUCUCAUCUUCACACGUACGACUCACACCCGGCCUAAUGAUGACAAGGUUUGA